AGCUGCGUCCCCAUGAGGAGGGGAGGAAGAUGCCGGCUGAGCUGCUGCUGCUGCUGAUUGUUGCCUUCGCCAGCCCCAGCUGCCAGGUGCUCUCAUCGCUGCGCAUGGCUGCAAUCCUGGACGACCAGACGGUGUGCGGCCGCGGUGAGCGUCUGGCCCUGGCUCUGGCCCGGGAGCAGAUCAACGGGAUCAUCGAGGUCCCAGCCAAGGCCCGGGUGGAAGUAGAUAUCUUUGAGCUUCAGCGGGACAGCCAGUACGAGACCACGGACACCAUGUGUCAGAUCCUGCCCAAGGGGGUCGUGUCUGUCCUGGGGCCCUCCUCCAGCCCUGCGUCUGCCUCCACCGUGAGCCAUAUCUGUGGGGAGAAGGAGAUCCCCCACAUCAAGGUGGGUCCCGAGGAGACACCCCGCCUGCAGUACCUGCGCUUCGCGUCCGUCAGCCUGUACCCCAGUAACGAGGACGUCAGCCUGGCGGUCUCCCGCAUCCUCAAGUCCUUCAACUACCCCUCGGCCAGCCUCAUCUGCGCCAAGGCCGAGUGCCUGUUGCGGUUGGAGGAGCUGGUGCGUGGCUUCCUCAUCUCCAAGGAGACGCUGUCGGUGAGGAUGCUGGACGACAGCCGGGACCCCACACCGCUGCUCAAGGAGAUCCGCGACGACAAGGUGUCCACCAUCAUCAUUGACGCCAAUGCAUCUAUCUCCCACCUCAUCCUCCGUAAGGCCUCAGAGCUGGGGAUGACCUCAGCAUUUUACAAGUACAUCCUCACCACCAUGGACUUCCCCAUCCUGCACCUGGACGGGAUCGUGGAGGACACCUCCAACAUCCUGGGCUUCUCCAUGUUCAACACUUCACAUCCCUUCUACCCCGAGUUUGUGCGUAGCCUCAACAUGUCCUGGAGGGAGAACUGUGAAGCCAGCACCUACCCAGGUCCUGCGCUGUCUGCGGCCCUGAUGUUUGAUGCCGUGCACGUGGUGGUGAGCGCCGUCCGGGAGCUGAACCGUAGCCAAGAGAUCGGCGUGAAGCCGCUGGCCUGUACGUCGGCCAACAUUUGGCCCCACGGAACCAGCCUGAUGAACUACCUGCGCAUGGUAGAGUAUGAUGGGCUGACUGGGCGGGUCGAGUUCAACAGCAAAGGGCAGAGGACCAACUACACCCUGCGCAUCCUGGAGAAGUCCCGGCAGGGCCACCGCGAGAUCGGGGUAUGGUACUCUAACCGGACCCUGGCCAUGAAUGCCACCACCCUGGACAUCAACCUGUCGCAGACGCUGGCCAACAAGACGCUGGUGGUCACGACCAUUCUGGAGAACCCGUACGUCAUGCGCCGGCCGAACUUCCAGGCCCUGUCUGGGAAUGAGCGUUUCGAGGGCUUCUGCGUGGACAUGCUGCGAGAGCUGGCCGAGCUCCUGCGCUUCCGUUACCGUCUGCGGCUGGUGGAGGACGGGCUGUACGGGGCGCCCGAGCCCAACGGCUCCUGGACAGGCAUGGUCGGCGAGCUCAUCAACCGGAAGGCGGACCUGGCAGUGGCGGCAUUCACCAUCACGGCCGAGCGGGAGAAGGUCAUCGACUUCUCCAAACCCUUCAUGACCCUGGGGAUCAGCAUCCUCUACCGAGUGCAUAUGGGUCGCAAGCCUGGCUACUUCUCCUUCCUGGACCCCUUCUCCCCUGCUGUGUGGCUCUUCAUGCUUCUCGCCUACCUGGCCGUCAGCUGCGUCCUGUUCCUGGCCGCAAGGCUGAGCCCCUAUGAGUGGUAUAACCCCCACCCGUGUCUGCGGGCGCGCCCCCACAUCCUGGAGAACCAGUACACGCUGGGCAACAGCCUCUGGUUCCCCGUGGGGGGCUUCAUGCAGCAGGGCUCGGAGAUCAUGCCCCGGGCGCUGUCCACGCGCUGCGUCAGUGGAGUCUGGUGGGCCUUCACCUUGAUCAUCAUCUCCUCCUACACGGCCAACCUGGCCGCCUUCCUCACUGUACAGCGCAUGGAGGUGCCCGUGGAGUCAGCCGAUGACCUGGCCGACCAGACAAACAUUGAGUAUGGGACCAUCCAUGCUGGCUCCACCAUGACCUUCUUUCAGAAUUCGCGGUACCAGACAUACCAGCGUAUGUGGAACUACAUGCAGUCAAAGCAACCCAGUGUGUUUGUCAAGAGCACGGAAGAAGGCAUCGCCCGUGUUCUCAACUCCCGCUACGCCUUCCUGCUCGAGUCCACCAUGAACGAGUACCACCGGCGGCUCAACUGCAACCUCACCCAGAUCGGGGGCCUCCUCGACACCAAGGGCUACGGCAUUGGCAUGCCACUGGGCUCCCCAUUCCGGGAUGAGAUCACUUUGGCCAUCCUGCAGCUUCAGGAGAACAACCGGCUGGAGAUCCUGAAGCGCAAGUGGUGGGAGGGGGGCCGGUGCCCCAAGGAGGAGGAUCAUCGCGCUAAAGGUUUGGGCAUGGAGAACAUUGGUGGCAUUUUUGUCGUGCUCAUCUGUGGCCUCAUCAUUGCUGUCUUUGUGGCGGUCAUGGAAUUCAUUUGGUCCACGCGGAGGUCGGCGGAGUCCGAAGAGGUGUCGGUGUGCCAGGAGAUGCUGCAGGAGCUGCGGCACGCGGUGUCUUGCCGCAAGACGUCGCGUUCCCGUCGGCGCCGGCGCCCGGGCGGCCCGAGCCGGGCCCUGCUGUCGCUGCGCGCGGUCCGCGAGAUGCGCCUCAGCAACGGCAAGCUCUACUCGGCCGGCGCGGGCGGGGAUUCGGGCGGCGCGCACGGGGGCCCCCAGCGCCUCCUGGACGACCCCGGGCCGCCCGGCGGGGCCCGGCCCUCCGCCCCCACGCCCUGCACCCACGUGCGCGUCUGCCAGGAGUGCCGGCGCAUCCAGGCGCUGCGGGCGUCCGGGGCCGGCGCGCCCCCGCGUGGCCUGGGCGCCCCCGCCGAAGCCACCAGUCCGCCCCGGCCGCGGCCCGGCCCCGCGGGCCCCCGCGAGCUGGCCGAGCACGAGUGACCACGGGCGGAGCCGGGCUGGCGGCCGGACUGAUGGCAGGGACGGGGCCCGCCCCAGGCCCGGGCCGCCCCCGCUUCCCCAGUGGACAAGGGACGGGACUUGGGCCCCCGGUGCGCCGGACGCUGCGAUUUUGCCUUCGGCUCACGGUGAAGUCCGAGGCCCGGCUCCGGAGCCUGCCUGCGCCCCCUAGUGGACUCAUCAGAGGGUGCCGCGGACCCUGCACUCCACCCCCGACUGCGGACGAGAGCGCAGGAACCGAGGACUUCAGGGGGCCGGGGAUUGCGGGGCCGUUCCAGAAGCGGAAAGCAGUCCGCGAGGAGAGCCCCAUCCUGGGACUGCUCAGGCUCCCCAAGACUUGACACAAGCCCUCCCCACUUCUGGAGGAGGGGAGGGCCUCUGGGCAGAUGGGUGUCCCCUGGCGCCCCGCGCCCCUCAACUCUUCUCUUUCUCUCUUUUUUUUGGGGAGAAACCUCGGAAUUUCUAUGAGACCCCCCCAGGGAGGAGGUCAGUUGGGCCCCCAUCCCUCCCCCUGCCACAUCCCAGUCCCUGUUGGAAUAAAAAAAAGAACAAAACCCCAAAACUGGG